AUGCAAGGCGUCGGUGACCAGGGAGGAGGCAUGGAGAUGAGCUUCGGGGGCGGGGGCGGGGGCGGCGGGGAGUGCUCCUCGUCGUCCGCGGCGGCGGUGGCGGUCGCGGCCGCGUCGGCAGCCGAGGCGGAGGAGCGGCAGCUGCUCAAGGGGGAGAUGGCGGUGCACCCGCUGUGCGAGCAGCUGGUGGCGGCGCACGUCGGGUGCCUGCGCGUGGCCACCCCCAUCGACCACCUCCCGCUCAUCGACGCGCAGCUCGCGCAGUCCAGCGGCCUCCUCCACUCCUACGCCGCCCACCACCGCCCCUUCCUCUCCCCGCACGACAAGCAGGAGCUCGACUCCUUCCUCGCGCAGUACCUGAUGCUGCUGUGCUCGUUCAGGGAGCAGCUGCAGCAGCACGUCCGGGUGCACGCCGUGGAGGCCGUCAUGGCGUGCCGGGAGAUCGAGCAGUCCCUGCAGGACCUAACUGGUGCGUCGUUGGAGGAAGGGACGGGAGCGACAAUGUCCGAGGACGAGGAUGAGGGGCCGCCGAUGAUCAUGGAGGCGGCACCCAUGGAUAUGAGCUCGAAUGGACAUGACAUGAUGGGCUUCGGCCCUCUGGUACCCACGGACACGGAGCGUUCCCUCAUGGAGAGGGUCAGGCAGGAGCUCAAAAUUGAACUCAAACAGGGUUUCAAGUCAAGGAUUGGGGACGUGAGGGAGGAGAUACUCCGGAAGAGGAGGGCCGGGAAGUUGCCUGGGGACACCACCACCAUACUGAAGCAAUGGUGGCAGGAACACGCCAAGUGGCCCUACCCCACGGAAGACGAUAAGGCCAAGCUGGUUGAAGAGACUGGCCUGCAGCUGAAGCAAAUCAACAACUGGUUCAUCAAUCAGAGGAAGCGCAACUGGCACAACAACUCCCAGACAUCAACCCUCAAAUCAAAGCGUAAAAGGUGCUUAGGUGGGAGCUGCAAAAGUGCAAAGUAUAUACAUGCAUAUACAUAUACCUGA